GACUGUGUCCUUACUGCAGUGCACAUCGCACGGAGAGUCGUCCGGAUUUUCCCCUCCGUGGCUUCAUUUGGAUCUAUUUCUUUCAAAUCUGAUACUGGAAUAUAAUGCUAAACUGUGUUCACCUGACAAGGAAAUGAUUUGUUUUCUAAAGCAAGAGUGCUAAAUGCCAUCCUGAGCUCUGGUAUAUGAGGAACACAACCUACAGAUGGAGUCAAGGGUUCCUCACCACAUUCCUGGAGUCUCCUCCUCCAUUAUGGUGCAACCAUUGCUAGACAGCCGCAUACCCUAUGGACGGCUCCAGCACCCAUUAACUAUCUACCCCAUUGACCAAAUGAAAUCUUUACAUUUGGAGAAUGACUACAUCGACACCCCUGCGGUGAUCUCACAACAGCCACCGAGCCACAAGGCAGCCACAAGGGGGCAGGAAGUCCUGCUGGGAGCCCCACACCAUCAUAAUCUUUCCCGCUGCAAGGUCCCAGAUGCCACCACACACCCCUGGAUUUCAUUCAGCGGUCGGCCCAGCUCCAUCAGCAGUAGCAGCAGCACCUCAUCUGACCAACGGCUGCUGGACCAUGCAGCUCCACCCCCUGUUGUGGAUCCAUAUACCACUGGCGGUGGCCACGGCAGGACCCUCACUGCAGAGCAACCCAAGGUGGUGAGCUCCAAGACCCAGAACAUGAAGGCAGUGGGGUCUUUGCCAUUAGAGAAGAAGCAUGUGCCGUUGUGCGAGAAGUGUGGCAAAUGCCGAUGCACCGAGUGCACGUUACCACGGACCUUGCCGUCAUGUUGGGUCUGCAACCAAGAGUGCCUGUGUUCAGCGCAGAAUCUAGUGGACUCUGUCACUUGCAUGUGUCUAGUCAAGGGCGUCUUCUAUCACUGCACUGAGGAUGAGGAUGAUGAAGGCUCCUGCGCUGACAAGCCAUGCUCUUGCUCACACUCGAACUGUUGUGCCCGGUGGUCCUUCAUGGCAGCCGCUUCAUUGGUCCUGCCUUGCCUGAUGUGUUACUUGCCUGCCACUGGUUGCACCAAGCUCUCGCAGAAGUGCUACGAUGGCCUCAGCCGUCCAGGCUGCCGCUGCAAAAGCACCCAAACCUGCAAUGCGGCAGAGGUCAAGGCCUGUCCUGUGGAGAAACAGGCAUCCUGAUGGCCAGAAAUGGAGUGUACAACAGAGACUCGUGAGCAAAAUUUGUAGGACCCUCUACAGCAGUGGUGUUCUUCUCGAAAAUCAUGGUACUUAAGGUUCACGCAUGACCCUCGCGCUGAAGGUAUUCUGCCCGUAAAUCAGUAGCAAAGUUCGAACAACGGGCACAAACCAUUACUCGUUCGUCAAGUACUAUAAAGGAAAGGCCAGCAGUUCCUUUUCCUGGGGGUUUCUCAAGAUGGCUGUGGAAUCAAGUUGUUCUGCCAUUUCAUCUCCAACUUGCUAACACAGAAUGCUGCAUUUUAGCAAAAUGUCAGUUUGAAAGAGUCCAAUCUCUUGUCUGAUGUUCAUUUACUUUUUGAGUGGCUUUGAAAAGUCAAAGUACAAAGUACAUAUCACCCAUACAAGAACACUCUAUACUUCAGCAAUCCCCCUCAGAAUCUGGCACUGAGUAAAGGUUGCAGCGAAUUCCAAGCUGAUAACACGUCACAAUCAAAAUAACCAGACUUCAUCUCAGUGCACAGUACAUUUACAAGCUUGUUCUAGAGCUUUAUUUCCUCUCUUGUUUGAAAUGCAAGCAUAGGAGGUCAUUUUGUUGCAUUGAAGGAUUCCCUAGACAUCCCUAAAUGCAAUGUGUACCAUUGCGAAAGACAUGAAUCAAGACCACCCAUCACCGUUACUGCUUGACAGGAUGUUUUCUAUCUUCUAUGAGUACAGAUUGUUUGACUUUUUGAUGGCAAAUAGGUGGAAUAGCUUUCAUAAUUCCCUUUUUGACAACAUACAUGAACUUCCACAAUAAUUCUUCCAAAUGUUAGCGAUUAAAUUUGUUGUAGAAAAUGACCUCAGGGAUCAUCAGUUCAUUUAAAUUAUGUACCGCAUGUGAAUUCAGCUUGGAAUGAAUUUGGUGGCUAAAGUUAAGGAAACAGGCGGAGGCAUUAUUUAAAGAAAUCACGACGCAGCAUUUCAGACACCAAGCAGUCAUAAGCUAUGGGGAGAAUUGGGUCAGUGGUUACGGGAAAGGAGAAGCUAUAAAGUUAGCUUAUAUUGAUCUGCCGCUGAUAAACAAAACCAACUGUAUCACUAUUAUAAAUUAGACAAAAGCACAGUAUUAUGUACAGUAGCAUGUACAAAGUGUUUCACUGUAGUUGGACAGAUUCCUCUAGUUUACUAUGCACCAUACCGCCACCAAACAUAAUGUGCCCUAGUAUCGAACUGCUUUCUCAACAUAUAUUUUUGUUAUGUGUAUAGAGUAUAGAUAUUUUGCCAAAGGAGUGCCCCAUAGAGUUUUAGUUGACCAUUUUUAUAAUAGUUUGCAAGUGGGCAUGGAUUGUUGUACUCUAGCCAAUUAGUGCAACAGUAAGCUCUUAAAGGUACAGUACUCUGCUUCCAAGGAUUCCUUGUCUUGGGAGCAUGAGGGAAUAUUGUCUGCCUGCUCAAUACAAACUGACGGUUCACACAUUUAUACCGAACUAACACCUCGCUCAUGUAGUCCCACAUACUCCAAUGUUUGUACUUGUUGCACAAAUCAGAAUAAGCAAAUACACUACUGUUCUUAGUCUUGAAUGUAUAAGACUAGGGUUUACGUCUUUGCAGUCUAACCCGUGGAUAGGUGCCAGAGUAGUUGUGGAUGGAGAGGCUUACAUAGCUGCAUAGGGAAGAGUUGCAAAUGUACCAUAGAUAUUAUAGAGUUUUUGACCUAUGCAGGUUACACGCUCUUGUAAAAAGUCUUGAGAAAACUUGCUAAAAUAUGUUUUAAAUGUCCUGAGGAAUUGCAUGGUACAAUUUAAUUAUGAUUCCGUACAAAAGUAUAUAAAUGAAUUAUUAUAUUUUUGGGUGCGGCUGGGGGUUUGGAUUAUGUGGCUGUGGCAUAGUAGGUAGGGUGUUUAGGUAUUUUCAAUUACAAGCACUUGAUUUAGAAAAGUGUGCCAGGCAAUAAAAAUACCUCUGUUAAUGCUAGCCAUGCCUCAUUAGCACGAGAGAGGCGAGGCUAAUUCCCUGUUCCUCUGUGCCCCUGAAACUGUAGAUUUAAUUGAACUCACUGAAGGAACGCCAUUUCAUCAUGGUCAAGGUUUUUCCCCCCUCUUUUUUUCUGUAAUUUCCUCCUUCCUCCUAAAAUGGUGCACCAUCUUCAGUGCUUGACUGACAUAUACAGCUGCUGUGCGAAAACUUGUCUGGGAGGAACGGGAAUUUCUCUCAAGUGACAUUCCAUUCCAUCUUAUUUGGUGUUGCUUUUCGCCCUACCUUCUCUUAUACUGUUAAUUAUUCACAUUCCUUUCGACUAGAGAAAAAUACACACUCAAAAAAGCUGUAAAAUACAAACUUUAUUGUUGUUUGCUUAUUAAAUGAUCUUCCUUCUCGCACCUCAGUGCUGAGGUGUUUUCAUCAGGACGCUGUGACUACAUCUGUUCGUGGUAUAUUUUCUUGGCCACUAUAGAAACCCAUUAGAUUUAACCCACUUUAAGCCGCCUUCCAAACCGGGGUUGUACUCUUCUGAGUUACUUUUGCUUCAUUGUUAAUGUUGAGAAUUAAAGAAAAGAGCAAUGUGCUUUUGUUUUGUUUAAAACAAACAAACAAACAAACAAAAAAUCUCUCACACAUAUGAAGAUGUCCCUUUAUAGAUAUAUUUAUUUUGAAGUUCUAUUUUAUAUAGUAUUUAUUUAGAUGCCUACUUUUGUUUGUGAAUAAAAGCUUAUGUCAAAACGGAAUGUACAUUGAAAUCGGAAAAUAUAUAUUGUUAAAUAUAAAA